GAAUCUAUUGGGAAGUUGUUUCUGUCUGUUUCCUUUCCCUCGCUCUCCAUUUAAACCCCCUAUCACUUUUACCCUUCUCGUGACCCACCUUGUAAAACAACAUGUCAAUUUUAUUAACUUCUUCUUCAAUCUUUAUUCUCCGAUCACCCACCACCACCACUGCAGCGCCGCUACAUAUUCCUGCCACUUCUCCUUCAUAUUCCACCACCAGUUCUGGUUUAUGGUCCUCCUGGAAACAGGUUACAUCUACAUCACUUCUCCAAUGCAAAGCUGUAUCCAAACAUAGUACCCAAGGAUACAUAGUGCUUCAAAAUGGUUUGCCAGUGAUAAAAUGGCCAGAAAUUCUGGAGGAUGACACAGAAAAAGAUCAUCUAAAGGAGACAACAACAGAGGAAAGGAUAAGGGAACUUGUGGAAUCAAUACGAUGGAUGUUGUGUUCAAUGGAAGAUGGAGAAAUAAGUGUAUCGGCUUACGACACGGCUUGGGUGGCACUGGUGGAAGAUAUUGGUGGAAGUGGUGCUCCCCAAUUCCCUAGGAGCCUUGAUUGGAUUGUGAACCACCAGCUCGAUGAUGGCUCAUGGGGUGACAUGGCCACCUUUACUGCUCAUGACAGGAUAAUUAACACAUUAGCAUGUGUUGUUGCAUUGAGAUCAUGGAACAUGCACCCUGACAAAAGUGAAAAAGGGAUAAAAUUUAUCAGAGAAAAUAUGGACAAGCUUGAAGAUGAAAAUGCUGAGCAUAUGCCUAUUGGGUUCGAAUUGGCAUUUCCAUCACUUACAGAAAUAGCCAGAAGGCUGGAAAUUGAUAUACCAUAUGAAUCUCCAGUCUUGAAAGAAAUCUACGCCAGAAGAAAUUUAAAACUCACAAGGAUACCAAAAGACACAAUGAACAAGGUGCCUACAACAAUACUCCAUAGCCUGGAAGGAAUGCCAGACUUGGAGUGGCAAAAGCUAUUAAAAUUACAGUCAUCAGAUGGGUCAUUUCUGUUCUCACCAUCCUCCACUGCCUUUGCACUCCAGCAGACCAAAGAUGAUAAUUGCCUCAAAUAUCUAACAAAUGCUGUCAGAAAAUUUAAUGGGGGAGUUCCCAAUGUCUAUCCUGUCGACUUGUUCGAGCACAUUUGGGCUGUUGACCGGUUGCAACGACUAGGAAUUUCUCGGUUUUUCCAGAAAGAAAUUGAGGGAUGUGUGGACUAUGUUCACAGGUAUUGGACAAAUAAAGGAAUCUGCUGGGCAAGAAAUUCUGAAGUUCAAGACAUUGAUGACACCGCAAUGGGUUUCAGACUUCUGAGGUUGCACGGAUACGAAGUUUCUGCAGAUGUCUUCAAUCACUUCGAGAAAGAUGGAGAGUUCUUCUGUUUUGUUGGACAGUCGAAUCAGGCCGUUACAGGAAUGUAUAAUCUGUAUAGGGCUUCUCAGGUGAUGUUUCCAGGAGAAAACAUACUUGCAGAAGCAAAGCAAUUCUCAGCCAAUUUUUUGCAAGAAAAAAGAGCCAACAAUGAGCUGCUGGAUAAAUGGAUUAUAACCAAAGACCUACCAGGAGAGGUAAAUACCUUUAAGUUGGCUGAUUAGUGUUUCUAUGGAUUUUGUAGAAUGUAAGAUAAAGAAGUUUAGCCCCCGUUUGUCAUCUACUUUACAUUCUUUUCCAUUAUUUUUUUUAGAAGUAUUCUUCUUAUAUAAUCGGGGUCGAGGUUGACAAUGUACUCACAGGAGGGGGGUCCAAGAAUUUUUUAUUCAGCGUGAGCUCCUUUGUCAACCGAGGUUGUCAACCCUGACUGUACACAUAACACAAUUGUUUUUUUAUAGUACUCAAUUUU